UGUGAGCUAACCUGGACCGGAUGGAUUGCUACUAGUAACUCACCGUUGGCGCGUGAGUGAUCAUCGGUUGAUGUGUGCGUGCAAUCCCUCCGGGUCAUCGUUUGCGCGGUCAACGGGGUCGACCGGCGAACACGCCGGCACUUGGCAACUGGCAAUAUAGGAUAGCGCACGGAACGGGAACGGCGGGAAACAGUCUUCGUUUAUUUUACGUUAGAACGUCUUUUAUGUUAAUACAGUUUUAUGUUCGUUUAUGUUACAAACGCGUGUACCUCUCUGAGUAAUAAUAGCAUAGAAAGAAAGGAACAUAACAGUGGCGACGAGGAGUAAAAAAAAAAAACAGAAAAAGGCUUGUGAUUAGUUGUGUGCGAAUUUAGUGCUGUUCAUAAAAAAAAAAAUUACUCGACCGCGAGCAAAGCGUAGAAGGAUGAACACCGGCGAAAAUGGUGCACCGGACUUCUCUAUGGAAGUGGACCAGAGAAGAGCAUCUCUGCUGCGUGCGAGUGCGUUUGCCCCGUCGCAGCAUCUUUUGCCGCCCACCAGCGAAGGGCAAGCGUCGAUGGUGCAAUCGCCAUCGCAGAAUGCAGCUUCGCAGCCAUCGCCAGCCGCAGUUCCAGCGCCCACCACCGAUUCGGCGAUGAUGAUGCAGAUGAUGCAGCUAAUGCAACAGCAGAUGCAGCAGCAGCAGAAACAGAUGGAGCAGCAGCAGCAGCUCAUUUCGCGUAUGCUGCAACAGCCACAGUCACUAUCACAGCCGAGCCAGACUGUUCCCUCACAGGCCGUUGCCCCCGGCAAUCCCGAACUCAUCAUGGAAGCGCUGUCGGGCAGCAUCAUGGAAUUCCGCUAUGAGGCGGAGUCGGAUAUCACCUUUGCUUCGUGGUUUGCCCGAUAUGAGGAUCUUUUCGCGCAAGAUGCCUCUCGUCUUGAUGAUGCAGCGAAAGUGCGCUUGCUGGUACGCAAGCUGGGCCCUGCAGAAUACGCGCGCUACGCCAGCUUCAUACUGCCAAGUGUCCCUCGUUAUGUGCCGUUUGAUGAAACGGUUAAGAAGCUGACCGCUCUAUUUGGGAGAGCGGAAACCCUCGUGAGCAAGCGAUAUAAAUGCUUGCAGCUGAUUAAAUCACGCAAUGAAGACCUGUUGUCGUUUGUCUGCCGCGUUAACCGCUCUUGUGUUAAUUUUCAGCUAUCGGCGAUGAGCGAAGAGCAGUUCAAGUGCUUGAUACUGGUGUGCGGCUUGAAGGACGAUGCCGAUGCAGACGUGAGGACGAGAUUGCUCUCCCGCAUCGAGGAGAGAGCCGAUGUCACGUUGGAGCAACUCUCCGCUGAGUGUGAGCGAAUCUCCAGUCUAAAGGUGGACAGCGCCAUGAUCGCUACUCAGGCGGAGGAGAAAGUCCUAGCGAUACACAGUGCAAGUAGAAGUAAAGUGCAGCAACAGAAACAACAAACACAGGUGCGUAGGUUUCAGCAAGGGCAGCAGAAUCAGCAGCGGAAGAAUUUCGAGGGAACAAGCAAGCCGCCCAGAUCUUGUUGGUUGUGUGGCGAUCCACACUGGGCCAGGGAGUGCCCGUAUGCCCUACACAAGUGUUGUGAUUGCGGAAGAACGGGCCACCGCGAAGGAUUUUGUAACCAGCGGAAGAAGUGGUGGCCAAAGAAGAGAAAGUUCAACAAGUGGAACAAAAAUACACCGGUGGACACACGGUUCGCCUACAGCUAGACACCGGCUCCGAUAUAACUGUCAUUGGACGAAAAAUUUGGCAGCAGCUUGAUGAGCCAACAUUGAGACCGGUAGAAGUCCAUGCGAGAACAGCGUCUGGUUCUCACCUUCAGCUGGAUGGUGAAUUCUGUGCUCAGGUAACGAUUG